AUGGAAGGAAAAAGCACCAUUCACAGUGGGGAGAAACCGUACACGUGUUCUGUGUGUGGACGAGGCUUCAGCCGAUCAUCUGAUCUGUCGAAACACAGGUGCAGUCACACUGGAGAGAAACCAUGGAAAUGUAGGGACUGUGGGAAGGGGUUCAAUUACCCAUCCCAGCUGGAAAUUCAUCGGCGCAUUCACACUGGAGAGAGGCCAUUCACAUGUUCUGUGUGUAAAAAGGGAUUUUCUGAUUCUUCCACUCUACUGAAGCACAAGCGAAUUCACACUGGGGAGAGGCCGUUUACCUGCUCUGAGUGUGGGAAGGGAUUCACUCAGUUAUCCACGCUGCAGACGCACCAACGACUUCACACUGGGGAGAGGCCAUUCACCUGCUCUGAGUGUGGGAAGGGAUUCACUCACUUAUCCAGCCUGUUGACACACCAGCAGGUUCACACUGGGGAGAGGCUGUUUGCCUGCACUGUGUGUGAAAAGGGAUUUGCUGAUGCAUCCACUCUACUGAAGCACAAGCGAGUUCACACUGGGGAGAAACUGUGGAAAUGUGGGAACUGUGGGCAAGGAUUCAAUAGACCAUCCCAGCUGGAAAUUCAUCGACGCACUCACACUGGAGAGAGGCCAUUCACCUGCUCCGAGUGUGGGAAGGGUUUCACUCAGUUAUCCACCCUGCAGACACAUCAGCGAGUUCACACUGGGGAGAGACCGUUCACCUGCUCCGUAUGUAAAAAGGGAUUUGCUGACUCAUCCACCCUAUUGAAACACAAGCGCAUUCACACUGGGGAGAGGCCGUUUACCUGCACUGUGUGUGGGAAGGGAUUCAUUCAGUCAUCCACACUGCUUAUGCACCAGCAUGUUCACACUGGGGAGAGGCCAUUCACCUGCUCUGAGUGUGGGAAGAGAUUCACUCGGUCAUCCCACCUGCUGACACACCAGCGAGUUCACAAGUAACUGCAGGGAUUGGAUUUUCUUACUAAUGACAUUCAUGCCUGAACAAUGUUCAUUGGGGUCUGUUUCUGCUGAUGUUAAUAAACUCCAGCCCAGUUAUAUAUUUUGGAUAAAAUUCAAAUAAAUCAGCUUUGUGUUAGGUAAA